UCUUCCAGGAACGUUCGAAACGUGACAAGGAAAGCGAGAAUGCCAAGGGAGAAGAGAGCGACGGGGGCACCAAGGCCAGGACCAAGGUGAAGAACCUCGGUGAAGAGAAGAGAGUAUCUUCAGAACAGACAAACGAGGAACGUCUUUCAACGGUAACUUCCCAACUUGAAGGGCAGCAGAGGGAGGAAGUGGAUGCAGCACACAACUUCAAAAGCUGCGAUGUAACAGAAAAGACUAAUAAAAAGUUACGGGGUGAUCUAACAGCUAUUCAGAAGAGGCUGGACGACGUCGAAAAAUUCAUGUUCGGACUUGGAUCAAAUAAAUGUCCUAUGAGACUAAAUGAAGUCGGGAAAGUGGAUGCUAAAACGGAGCAGGACCUUCUGGAAACCAUCAGCAAACUGAAGGAAGCUGUAGAGAGGAUCUCUUUCGAAAAUGAAACACUGCUAGAUAAAAUGAGGGAGGUAACAGAGCAGCGUCGCAAUGAAGACAAAAAUAAUGAGGCCAUCAAGACACUUAAUGAGGCUGUACGCACGUUCAAAACUGAUAAUUUUAUAGAUAAAAUUUCCGAACUGCAGGAGCAGCACCAGAAUGAAAAGAAAGGAAAUCAGGAAACCAUAAAAAAACUGAAUGAAGCUGUAGAGAGGAUCUCCUCAGAAAAUAAGAAGUUCCUAGUUAAGAUGGCAGAACUGGAGGAGAAGCACCACAAUGAAAAGAAAGAAAAUGAAGAGAACAUCAACAGACUGUGUGAGGCUAUGGAGAUAAUUGCUUUAGAUAAUAAGAAAAUGAAUGUUAAAAUAAAGGACCUGACGAAGCAACGCCAUAAUGAAACAAACGAAGAUCAGGAACAUAUCGACACAAUGGGUGAGGCUGCAGAUAUGAUUUCUUUCACAAAUGAGAGAAGACAUGUUAACAUGGCGGAGACGAACUGCAGAAAAGUUAAAUACAAUGAUGAUAUCGUCAACAGGCUGAACAGACUGAAUCAGGCUGUAGAUAGGAUUUCAUAUGAUUACAAGGAGCUGAAGGAGGAAAUCGGUUUGUUUCGAAACUGCUUUCAGGAUGGCGACAUCGCAGUUGCCAAACCUGACGAGGCGGUGUAGCAUCUCAAUGCCAGUGGACACAGGAAACUCGAGAAGAAGCAGGAUCGUGAGAGCUCUGACCAGCUGGAUAGUCAAGACACCGAGAGCAUCGAGGACGACAGCGACUGGGACGAGGACGCCGUCAAUGACGAUGAACCAAUGCGGACAAUGUACAUGCCGCUUUCAAAUGAACCGUCAGUUUAUACCACUGAAGGGGUCAAUCCACAAAGCCCCCAAGUGCUCAUCGUCCCACUGUUAGGCGACUUCAAACCCUUGAAACUUUUAGGAAGUGGCGGCUAUGGUCACAUCCACUUGGUGCAAAAGAAGAAUGGCAAAGAUAGAGGCAAACUGUAUGCCAUGAAGACGAUGAAUACAUCGCAAAUAUUUUCUGCAAACAACGGCCCAGAACGGCACAACACUGAAUGUUACAUCCAUCAAAAAGUAGCUGACCAUCCGUUUUUGGUGGGAAUGUAUUACCGCUUUCAGACAGAAUUGAAGGUGUGCUUAAUGCUGGAUUAUUAUCCGGGUGGCGACAUGUACCAUGUACUACUUGAACAGGGCGUGUUUAGAGAGAGUGCAGCUAGACUUUACCUAGCUGAGAUAGUCCUAGGUGUAGAACACCUGCAUCAGCUUGGAAUCAUCCAUCGAGACUUGAAACCGGACAAUAUACUGAUAGACUCUGAAGGUCAUAUAGCCAUAACUGAUUUUGGAUUAACUAAGUCAUUCCUGUCCUACACAAAGAAAAAUCGUGCUUACUCGUGGUGUGGCACUCCAUCGUAUAUGGCCCCAGAGAUGAUUGACUCUGAAACAGGCUAUGGCAUUGAAGUGGACUGGUGGGGCGUUGGACUUAUCUGUUAUGAGAUGCUGUCAGGGUGCUCGGCCUUUGAACCUGGUGAUGAAAAAGGCUUUAAAAAACUUUUUGAACAAAUUACAUCGGUGUCACCGGUAAUACCGGAUUGGCUUUCUGCUGAGGCAGGACAUUUUAUCUCAAGUUUAUUGGAGAAGAACCCAUCAGAACGGCUAGGAACAGGAAAAAAUGGUUCUCAGAAUUAUAUAUAUAUAUAUAUAUAUAUGGUUAUAAAAACAUGGUCCAGUUCUGAAUUGUUCCUUGUCUAUGUAAUGCACUAA